CGGCGCUGGAGGACGGUCGGACUUUGCCGGGUGAAAAACUUGUGCAAGUUCACAAAGCUUAGAAGGAGGACUGGUUUUUGACUCCAGGCAGUCUGACUUCAGAGCCUUGACAGGAUUACAAGGGAAGAAUGCAGACAAUCAAAUGUGUGCUUGUAGGAGAUGGGGCUGUAGGUAAAACCUGCCUCCUCAUCAGUUAUACAACAAAUGCCUUUCCUGAGGAGUAUAUCCCCACUGUCUUUGACAACUAUAGUGCCCAGACAUCUGUGGAUGGCCAAAUCGUCAGCCUGAACCUGUGGGACACCGCUGGCCAAGAGGAGUAUGACCGACUGCGAACACUCUCCUACCCCCAGACCAAUAUCUUUGUCAUUUGUUUUUCCAUUGGCAACCCAUCCUCUUAUGCCAAUGUGAGGCAUAAGUGGCACCCAGAGGUCUCCCAUCAUUGCCCCAAUGUACCUGUUCUGCUGGUAGGCACCAAGAGAGACCUGCGGAGUGACCUCGAAACAGUGAAGAAGCUGAAGGAGCAGAGCCUAGUGCCCACAACUCCUCAACAGGGCGCUGCCUUGGCUAAGCAGGUGGGGGCUGUGAAGUAUUUGGAAUGUUCGGCCCUGAUGCAGGAUGGGGUGCGUGAGGUAUUUUCAGAAGCUGUCCGGGCUGUGCUUUACCCUGCCACAAAGAAGAACACCAAGAAGUGCAUCCUCUUAUAGCUUUUGGGUGCUACGUGGGGCUGCACCUAAGGAGUUUAAGGGAGGGGAUUCCUUCGACAGCAGUUAAGAGUGCCAGCAUGAGCCAUUUUUCUCUUCUACUAGAAACUCUAGACUCCAGGAUAUUUGGCUUUUGGAAGAAUGAAGACAGACUAAUUAGUUGGUACAUGGCUGCUUUGAAGUUUGGUCUGACCCUUAUGGAGGAAGUGUGUGUGUGUGUGUGUGUGUGUGUGUGUGUGUCUGUCUCCAUCCGUCCGUCCCCUGUCAAAGUGUUAAGAGGAGACGCCACUCAGUGCUGUUCCUUUCUCUCCUUGCCAGGCCACGACUGACCAGAGCAGUCUAGUACUGUUCUUUGUGGGCUUUUGCUUGUCUGCUUUUAAAUCUAAUUUUAGCUUUCCUUGCUAUAUUUACCAUUGAGCAAGUGUCUCACAGGACAAGAUUAUUCUGUUUUCAAAUUGUUGCCUUAAACUUUCUGAUAGACUAUCUGAUAGAUAGAUAAUUUUUUUUUUUUUU